UGUAAUCACAAAUAUCUUUAUUCAAGGUGGAUAUGGAGGAUAGUCAAGAGACGCAGGAGCAAUCUACCGCACAAACUGAAGAUAGUCAAGAUAGCCAGGAAGAUGCUCAAGAUACAAUUGGUGUUAGUAAGUGGGAGAGAAUGGAAGCUGAAGAUAAACUAGAUCGAUUGGACGGUUUGGCAAGAAGAAAGAACGAAGCAAAACCGCAAACUAUGGAAGAUUUCUUACAAGUUCCUGAUUACUACAAUAUGGAAGAUACUUCUGGUAAAAAACGAGUACGUUGGGCCGAUCUAGAAGAGCGUAAAGAGCAGGAAAAGAUGCGCGCUGUCGGCUUUGUUGUUGGGCAUACUAACUGGGAUCGAAUGAUGGAUCCUACGAAAGGUGGAAGCGCCUUAACACGCACAAAGUUUUUUACGCUGUCAUAGAAAGAUUGAUAGUUUAACCUGAGCAUUAAAAAUGAAGUGCAACAUUCAACUGAUUGUUUGAUGUUCAAAGUACUACAGUAUGUAAAAAAAAAAAUAGUUUUAAAUGAGUAUAAAUUCAUAACUGUUUAGGUAGAAUUUAAGAUUAUAGAAUCGUUAUACGACAGUUAUAAAAAUAAAUAAGAAAAAUAACAUGAUAAAUUUUAGAUAUAAGGGUAAUAAGUUUUGUAUAUAA